AUGUUGAUUUUGCUUCAUUUUUUCAUUUACCAUGCUGUUCAGUUUUUGGAUGCCAGGAGAACAAAGCAUUUGCAACUGACCAUCCAGGCACUUCAAGAUGAGCUUCGGACUCAGAGAGACCUUAAUCAUCUUCUUCAACAAGAAAGCGGAAACCGAGGAACUGAGCAUUUUACUAUUGAGCUUACAGAGGAGAACUUUCGAAGACUUCAGGCAGAACAUGAUAGACAGGCUAAAGAGCUCUUUCUCUUGAGAAAAACUCUAGAAGAAAUGGAGUUGAGAAUUGAAACACAAAAGCAAACACUAAAUGCCAGAGAUGAAUCAAUAAAAAAGCUUCUAGAAAUGUUGCAAAGUAAAGGUUUGCCAUCCAAAGGAAUGGAAGAUGACAACGAAAGAGCUCGAAGGAUGGCCGAGGCUGAAUCUCAGGUUAAUCAUUUAGAAGUGAUUUUAGACCAGAAGGAGAAGGAAAACAUACAUCUUAGAGAGGAACUACACAGAAGAACCCAACUUCAGCCUGAACCAGCAAAGACAAAAGCUCUUCAGACAGUUAUAGAGAUGAAGGACACAAAAAUAGCUUCACUUGAACGCAAUAUAAGGGAUCUUGAAGAUGAAAUACAGAUGUUAAAGACAAAUGGAGUUCUGAAUAUAGAGGACCGAGAAGAAGAGAUCAAACAAAUAGAAGUUUACAAGAGUCACUCAAAGUUCAUGAAAAAUAAGAUUGACCAAUUGAAACAGGAACUUUCAAAGAAAGAAUCAGAACUUCUCGCCUUACAAACUAAGCUUGAAACCCUUAGCAAUCAGAAUUCGGAUUGCAAGCAACACAUUGAAGUGCUUAAAGAGUCGCUUACUGCCAAAGAACAGAGAGCUGCCAUACUUCAGACAGAGGUUGAUGCCUUGAGAUUACGACUGGAAGAAAAAGAAACUUUUCUUAAUAAAAAAACAAAACAACUGCAAGACCUCACAGAAGAGAAGGGAACCUUGGCUGGAGAGAUUCGAGAUAUGAAAGACAUGUUAGAAGUAAAGGAAAGAAAAAUCAAUGUCCUUCAGAAAAAGAUUGAAAAUCUACAGGAGCAACUUAGGGACAAAGAUAAACAGCUAAGCAAUUUAAAAGACAGAGUGAAAUCAUUGCAGACGGAUUCCAGUAACACGGACACAGCUCUAGCAACAUUAGAAGAAGCUCUGUCAGAGAAGGAGAGAAUAAUAGAGCGCUUGAAGGAGCAGAGGGAACGGGAUGACCGAGAGAGACUGGAAGAAAUAGAAUCCUUUAAAAAGGAAAACAAAGACUUGAAGGAGAAAGUUAAUGCUUUACAAGCUGAACUAACAGAGAAGGAGUCUAAUUUAAUUGACCUCAAAGAACAUGCAUCAUCAUUGGCAUCAACAGGGCUGAAAAGAGACUCCAAAUUAAAGUCUUUAGAAAUAGCCAUAGAACAAAAGAAAGAAGAAUGUAGUAAGUUGGAAGCACAGCUGAAAAAGCAAGCUGAACAGUUGUUCAAUCAGAUGUACAAUCCAGCUCAUGAAGCUGAAGAAGAAGCUCGGCUGAACCCAGAAUUUGCAGACAGAAUGAAACAGCUUGACAAAGAGGCAUCUUACUACAGAGAUGAAUGUGGCAAAGCUCAAGCUGAGGUUGACAGACUUCUAGAAAUCCUCAAGGAAGUGGAGAAUGAGAAGAAUGACAAAGAUAAGAAAAUUGCUGAGCUAGAAAGCUUGACUUCCAGACAUAUGAAAGAUCAAAACAAGAAAGUGGCCAAUCUGAAGCACAAUCAACAAAUGGAAAAAAAGAAGAAUGCUCAGUUGCUGGAAGAAGUUCGUAGGCGAGAAGACAAUAUGACAGACAACUCUCAGCACUUGCAGUUAGAAGAACUGAUGAAUGCACUGGAAAAGACCAGACAAGAAUUGGAUGCUACCAAAGCCCGUCUUGCCUCAACACAGCAGUCUCUGGCUGAGAAAGAAGCACAUCUGGCUAACCUCAGAAUAGAGCGGAGAAAACAGCUUGAAGAAAUAUUAGAAAUGAAGCAGGAAGCACUGCUUGCUGCAAUCAGUGAAAAAGAUGCAAACAUUGCCUUGCUUGAACUGUCUGCUUCAAAGAAGAAGAAGACUCAAGAGGAAGUAAUGGCUCUUAAACGAGAGAAAGACAGAUUAGUGCAUCAGUUAAAACAGCAGGUCUAUAGAAAUAGGAAACAGCCCCUGAGCAUGAACAUAUCAUCCAUUUGUGAUGCUGACUUCAUCACAGACAUUGCUGCCAAGUACCUGGGUUCCAGCCAUGAUGCACAUAUGUCUCAGACACAGAACAGAAUGAAAUUGAUGGCAGACAACUAUGAUGAUGACCAUCACCACUUCCACCACCACCACCAUCACCACCAUCACCGGUCUCCUGGGAGGACCCAGCACUCAAAUCACCGACCCUCUCCAGAUCAGAUGAUCCAGUCACUGUUGGAGGCACAUAGCCAUGGCAAAUCUCACGCUGUACAUUGAUCACCUGUCCAACCUUUGCCUAGAGUGUGAUCCCCAGUUCCUUCAAGAGUUCCAUCUUUACCUGUCUAUAAAGAGGAGGAGGAGGAGGAGGAGGAGGAGGAGAGACAUCUGGGAUAACCACAUAUCAAAGAUUAACACCAGAGCAGUUGCCAGAGGAGCUGGAGAAAGAGGAGGAAAAAAUGCAGCACUGCAGAAUUAAGCUGAUAAUCUAUUGCAGUGGAUCUCCAAACAUAACCAUGACAUCCUGGAGCAGAUCAUAGAAACAGAAGAUGAAUGCUGAGGUUGUUAACAGAUGAAAUGCUGCAUAAAUUGGUGUCUUCUCCAUUAUUUCUUGUAGUCAUUAUGAAGUCAGAUACUCUGGAAAAUAAUGAAGGGGACUCAAUCAGAAAUUACAAGAACUUCAUUUCCACCUUUAAUGGGUCUUGUGUUCAGAAUAUUAUUAUUUAAUGAAGUUCAGUUAAAUGGAUUCUUUUAACCAAUUUUGAUAAAUUGGUAUUGAUUUUUAAUGUGUAAUUCAGGUUCUGUUAGGUGCAGUAUCUUCAUCUGCUGAUUCUGCCUAGCGUAUUCUACAGUAACACUUCUAAAGUGGACUAGAUUGUCAAAGAGGUAUUAGUACACUGUUAUAUAAUGGAGUCUGCAUUAAUCUCACCCCCAGUUAGAAGUGGGCUUUUCAGAAAAGUAAAAACUAAGCCUUUACCCUCCUCUGUUUUCUUAUAUCUACCGUUACUCAAAUAAUCACAUUUUGAUAGUGUAACGAGUAUUAACCUCUGGGCCAGGUUGGAAAUGAAAUCAAUUUUUGGUACUACUUGCUGUUGGCAAGGAUUAGCCUUAUGAAAAUAUGGUGUGUGUCUCUGACAAUGCAUGGGACAUCUAAAUUGAUCAUCAAUAAUUUACAUACCAAAUUUAUAUAUUAGUGGAUGGUAAAAGCUUGAGGUAUGUAUAUGUACAUAUGUGUAUACAUGCACACAUAUACUGGAGUGGAUCAACCUUUUAUCAUCCAAAUGCAUAUAGGUAUGUAUUAAUAAAAGCUGGGACUCAUAAAUAUAUCAAGAUAAGAAUGCUAUGAAUACAGUAUAUGCAUUAGGCCUCCUAAAAAUGAAGGACCAUUUGUCAUUGUUUUCUGUAGUGAACAAACAGCCUCCAUGAUGGAUCCCAAUGAAUUUUUGAUGUUAAACAAGAAAAUAUCAAUGAAUGAGGAGAAAUUAAAAGCUGUCUGUAUCAACAAAGAAUUUCAAAUAAAGAUGAAUAAUUUAAAGCACAUGCCAGGAAAAAGAAAAAAUCUGAAGUCAUUCUAAUGUAGUGAUGAGACACAAAUGAGAGUUAAAGCUCUACCACUUCCUCAAAGAGAGGAUCCUUACAACUUCAUAACCAUUUUCAGUCAGUCUGGCAAACAUGUGCAAAUGUUCAGCUGUUUUACUGAUGCAUCUCUCUUUUUGUCAAUGGAAGAAGUACUUCUAUACUGACGUGAGUGGCAAUUGAAUAUUUGCAUUAUUAAAGGACAAACAAUGAAUUUAAGCAUGGGUGGCCUUAAUUCUUAGUAGUUUUUCUUUGCUGCUGUAAAAAAAAAAGGAUUCUAAAGUGGUUAUUCCGAAAGUCUUGCACUGAAUUUAGAAAAAUAUUAUUUUUUGAAAUUGUUGGUGCAAUUAUCCCUGAAGUAACAUCCUAUGUGAGCCAUACCUAUAUUAACCCCUUUAAAAUGAUUGCUGUGUAGAAAACAGUAUUUUAUUGUACCAUCAUUUUUGGUGCAAAUAAAGAGCAACUAAGUCAAGCAGGAGUCCUUCUUGAUGUUUCAUCUCAGUAAAUAGAAUAAAAUGUAUAGAAUUAGUAUAGCAUAGGUGAUCCAAAUUCAUUCAUGUUUAAAAAGUUUGUCCUUUAACUAUCAAUGGAAUUUUAGAUCUUUGUUUUCAAAACAGCAAAGCUCUUGGGAGUUUAUUUAGCACAUAUGACAAAUGUUGCACUUGCAAACUCAGACAACAGAACUAGUUUCUUGUGAUGAACUUGUUGGGACAACUGUCUGUGUCUCUUACAAUCAGGUCUUUACCUUAACUCUGCAACUGAAUACUUGAAGUAGGAAAUAAACUAGGUGAAAAUAGGGUCAUAAAAACAAAACUGUAUAGUUAAAUAUUUAUAUGUAUGUGCCAAUUUUGUCACAGACAUUAUUUUAGGAGCACUUUUUGCUCCAUUCAUAUUGUAAGAGUAUUGAUCUAAACUUUUAUCAGGGGCUAUGAGUUAGCCCCUAAAGAAAAAAAUUUUUGUCUAACAUUUGUUUUUUUUCAUUUCAUGUGAUAUCUAUGAUGUUUGGAGAAAAAUCUUUUCAUAUACUGAAAUAGACUCUCGGGGUUUACAAUAAACACUGUGAUGUUGGGAAAAUAUUUUAUUUCAGCAAUGUUUGGUAGUUCCCCCCACCCCCUUCUAAAUGUAAGAAAUUAAAUCAACUUUUGGCUAACAUUUAAGAUAAAUAAUUAUUAUUUUAGUGUGGAAUCAGGCUUGUACUGCACAAUCUUUCUUUCAUUUAAAUGUACAGUAUGAAUUUUGUAUUUAAUGAUUUUUGUGUAUCUAGUAUGCACGUAACUGCACAUUGACUUUCAUUUGAAAGUGGGUUUAAAUUUCCUUUUUCAACAGUGUUUAUGAAAAGACCUCAGAUGUGUUGACACAAACUAUAUCUGCAAUGUGUGUGGGGGGGGAGGGUUGUUUUUUGUUUUUUUGUGUAGAGUGAUGUUUGAAUGUGAUGUUCUGCAACAAUGGGUCAGUAUUCUCUAUUUACCUUAACCCCUUAUUUGAUAGUGCUUCAUGUAAUAAUUUCCUCAAGUGAGUGGCAUGUUCUGGAUUGUGAUAUUGAUAUGUGGUUAAGGACAUUGAUAUGAAACUAAGGAAUCCUUAGAAAUUACCAGUGGGCAUGUAUUAGACAGUCAUUGUAAUUUAAUGUCUAGUAAAAGUGUGAAGUACCAAGGUAUUUAGAGAUCAUAACAUUAUUAUCAUGUGUAUGGGAAGUACUUACUGUUGAUCAGCUUGUUUCUAUUCAUCAAAUAAACUGUUUCUUU